AUGCCGCUCUCGACGCGCAAUGCGUUCUAUCUUAGGGCGUCGAAUUAUCGCGUCGUCCCGCUCUUCCUGUACCUCGACGAGCGCCAUGUAGACUGGAUGAGCAGCGACGUCCUCGAAGCCGUGAUCAGCAAACUGCAGCCCAAGAUCAAAGAUCUGUUGACGGUGUCGCGGUACGAGAAGAAGCACAAAGUCUACGUUGAGCGCGGCGAGGGGUACCAGUACUGCUACUUCCUGCGGAACACGACGCGCACCGAGGUCGUGCUCCUCAAGAAGAAGACGUUCUCCCUCCGCGCCCCCUCGCCACAGCCCGCUCCCGAGCCCGCUCCGCAACCAAGCAAGAAACGCAAGCGCGCUACACGCCCACGGAUGGUGGACGUUGAAGUAGACAUGGAGACCGCAAGAGAUGACCAAGAACUGGAGGAGGAGGAGGUCGAGGUCAAAGCAGAGCCGCUCGACGACGGCGAGUACGUCCCGCCCAAGUCCCCGGCGGAAAUCGAGGACGAGGAGCACGAGGUGCAGAUCAAGGACUGGAAACCAGACGUGACCGUUGCGUACCAAGGCUUCGGCACAUCCUCAGUGCAGCUCGUGCUUAUCGUUGAGCCGUACCCGCCGCUCCCACCAGAGGAAUACGCACCACCCGCGUCGCGCCUCUCCACUCGCUCUGUGUCCGCCAUGACCAGCCGCAGCCGCAGUCGCACCGGCGUCAAGGGAACGCGGUACUCGUCUACCUCGCUCGCGCUCGAUGCUGCGCCACGCGUCCCAGUGCCGCAGGUGCGGAACAUGCGGAACGCGACGCGCUCAGCCUCUGUUGCGGACCCUUCACAGUCGUGGCGAGGCGGGUCGCGCAACCUGCGUGACGCUAGCGCUACGCCGUUUGGAGCAGGUGGGAGAACGAGAGGCACGCCGCUGUUCAUGCCCCGCGACACGCCGUUUGACAAUGACGAGGAGGACGAGGAGGAGCACGAGGCCUUCGCUGAGGCGUUACGAGACGGCCGCUUCCGCCUCCCCUCUGUUGCGCCACGCACACAAGACGAGGAGGACCAGAACCCAUUUGACGAGCCGGAGGGUAUGAUGGCCCUUGGGGAGCGGCUGGUCCACGCAUCCCAGAUUGAGGAGAGUGUUAUCCGUAACGCGGCGGGAUGGGAGGAGAUGGGCGAAGGCGAGACCAGCGAUGUGCUGGGACCGCAGGAGCUAGGGGGCUAG